AUGGCGCUCAGCUCGUCCCAAGUAGCCAUUCUGAAGGAAGUCUUUUAUAUUUAUGAAGAUCCCGCUAAGCGUAGUGGUCCUGUUCGGGAUGAUAGUGUAGACCCUACUGGACGAAUACGAAAGUCUGACCUUCUCCGCUUCCUACGUGCUCUGGGGUUGCCAUUUACUCUUAAAGAUGUUGCUGAUUAUACUAGUCAAUACUCAAUAACUGGUAACUCUAUAUCGUUUACGGAUGCUGUUACAUUGGUGACGGCUUGGAAGCGCUCCAGCCACCCUGAUCCCUCUGAUGCCGUCUCUGUCAUCUUCAAUGCAUGUACUCCACGAGACGGUGUAAUUACAAUUCAAAAGUUGAAAUCUGUCAUUUGCAGUUCAGCCUUGGAAGAUGGCAUCACGCCUAUGGACUUUGAUCUUUUGAUCUCCGAUCACGGGUUUUCUGGGAAUUCAGUGCUUACGCUCCCGGAUCUCGUGAAGCUUCUUGGGCCUCCUACUCCGUUGAUAUAG